CAAUCAAACCGUAUUUUUUAUAUGUAUGUAAUGUCGUGUCGUAUGAGCUUUGAGUUACAAAUUGUGUUAUCACUCUCUUCACUGAUGUUUUGUCACACCAUUUAGUUAUAGCAUUUGCCAUACGAUUAACGAUUGGUUUUAUUUGGUUCACUGAUUGCCUAUCAGACUAGUAAUUGUGCGGACCGUUAAUACACUACGAGACCUGUAUGUGGAAAUGCAGGACAGGUCUACAGUAUUUACCAAGAUUGAUUUUCUGAGCGUCCAAACCACGUCUGACGGAAAUACAUUGUCUCAAAGUAGACAUCGAGUGAAACAAAUCAAACAAAUGCAUCACUACUUUGCCAACAAAAAUCAUAAAUCGGCGGACAAUCAUAACAUAUCGCCACUAAGUCUGUCAUUACUGCAGACAACGGCCAACAUAUCGCCGCUAAUUCACCCAAAAGUCAUUAAAAUCACACAAAAUCUGUGUGUAUUAGUGGGCGAAACGGCUUAUAUUAAGGCCCGUUUCAAUGCAAACACCAAACCAUUGAAACCCUAUGCGAUUGUUUGGCUUAAAAAGGGCAAACAAAUCGAGGAAUCCGAUAGAAUUGAGGUCCGAAAUGAGCCCCAAAUGUCAACACUAGUGAUCAAACGGGUUAUGGACUGCGAUAACGGGAAAUACGAGGUGGAUGUGAGCGACGACCUAGGUCACUCUGAUCGUGCGCACACAUCACUCGCGGUCAAAGGUCCGCCCGACCCGCCCGGCCAGCCAUCGGUGCGACUACUGGGUCGGGACAGCCUUCACAUAUCGUGGUCGUUGGGAUCCUAUGACGGGGGCAGUCGUGUCAUAGGCUAUACAAUUGAACAUAAGAUCGAUGACAACGGGGAUUGGAUGACCGUCUCUGACGAUCACAUUUGCAAUUCCUAUACAUUGAAAGACAUUAAGCAAAACUCAAUUUACACGUUCCGUAUCCGAGCCAUCAAUAGAUAUGGUGUCAGUAAAUGGAGUAAUCCGUCGGAACCCUUCCUCUACGCCCCGAAUAGCCAUAAGAAUAAUACGAAUAAUAAUAUCAAUAUCAAUAAUAAUAACGAUAUCGACUUUGGCAUCAAUUAUAUAGAGAGCGCCGAUAUUGAACGCCGGGAUGUAGUCGUCGAAAAGGACGUGAAUUUCAGUGAAAUUUACGACAUUAAAGAAGAAGUGGGCAGGGGUCGUUUCGGUCUUUGCAAACGAGUAAUUCAAUUGUCGUCAAAGAAAGAGAAAGCGGCGAAAAUUAUCCGCUGUUUGCGCCCGAAGGACAGGGAACAGGUGUACAGAGAGGUGGACAUAAUGAACAAACUACGGCACCGGCAUAUCCUACAGCUGGACAGCGCCUACGAGUUUGCCAAAGAGAUUAUAUUAAUUACCGAAUUGGUCUCGGGUGGGGAACUGUUUGAGCGGAUUGUGGCCGAAGAUUAUAUACUCACUGAAUACGAGUGCAUAAUAUUUGUGCGCCAGAUAUGCGCUGCCGUGGCUUAUAUGCACCGCCAAAAUAUCAUGCAUUUAGAUCUGAAGCCCGAGAAUAUAUUAUGCAAAUCGCGGACCAGCUAUGAGAUCAAACUCAUUGACUUCGGACUCGCCCGGGCCUACAAUCCCGAAGAGACGCUGAAGAUAUUGUUCGGCACUCCAGAGUUCGUCGCCCCGGAGAUUGUCAACUACGAGGCCGUCACUCCGGCCUCCGAUAUGUGGUCAGUCGGAGUGAUUUGUUACGUACUGUUGAGCGGAUUGUCGCCAUUCAUGGAUGAAACCGACGCCAAGACGUUAUGUAAUGUCACUCAAGCGGAGUACGACUUCGAGGACGACUCGUUUGACAGUAUCUCAGAAGAAGCCAAACGAUUCAUAUCGUCAUUACUGGUGAAGAAACCAAAGUUCGUGCCAUUCAUCUCAUUUGAACGCCUGAGCGCUGAACAAUGUCUGGCCGAUAGUUGGCUGAAACGCGAGCCAUCAAACCAUAUCCCGAUCGCAACCGACAGAUUGAAAAGGUUUUUGAUUAGACGAAAAUGGCAGUGGACUGAAAACUGGGACUGCGAUCCGAGCGUUGGGCCGAAUCACGCAUUUAGGUCUCGCCAGAAGAACCCACUUGUCGUGAGAGAGAUGGCCACAGAAGACAAUCAAUCGACUGAUCCAUUAAACGCACGAAGAAUUUAAUUGUUAUGACAUUUUAUUAAACGCUUGAAUUGCAUAUAAAAA